GCCCUAGAUAGGGUUCCACCCGCGCCGCGCCCCACCCAAGACGAGAGCGAGCGAGGCAGUGCCGCCGCCGCCGCCACUGACGCCGCCCGAGCACCACCGGAGCAGGAGCAGCGUCAGCCAUGGCCGUCGGCAAGAACAAGCGGAUCUCGAAGGGGAAGAAGGGAUCCAAGAAGAAGACCGUCGAUCCUUUUGCGAAGAAGGAUUGGUAUGAUAUCAAGGCCCCGUCGGUGUUCAACGUGAGAAACGUCGGGAAGACGCUCGUGUCCAGGACACAGGGCACAAAGAUUGCUUCAGAGGGCCUCAAGCACCGUGUGUUUGAGGUCUCCUUGGCUGAUCUUCAGAACGAUGAGGAUCAGGCGUACCGUAAGAUCAGACUACGUGCCGAGGAUGUGCAGGGGAAAAAUGUUCUUACAAACUUCUGGGGCAUGAGUUUCACGACCGACAAGCUCAGAUCAUUGGUCAAGAAAUGGCAGACGCUAAUAGAGGCUCAUGUGGAUGUAAAGACCACUGAUAACUACAUGCUGCGUCUCUUCUGCAUUGGCUUCACCAAGAGGAGGCCAAAUCAAGUCAAACGGACAUGCUAUGCUCAAGCAAGCCAGAUUCGACAGAUCCGUCGCAAGAUGGUGGAGAUCAUGGUGAACCAGGCAUCAUCCUGUGAUCUCAAGGAGCUGGUGUCAAAAUUCAUUCCUGAGGUGAUUGGGAAGGAAAUCGAGAAGGCCACAUCAAGCAUCUUCCCGCUUCAGAAUGUGUUUGUGCGCAAAGUCAAGAUCCUCAAGGCCCCAAAAUUUGACCUGGGCAAGCUUAUGGAGGUUCAUGGAGAUUACAAGGAGGACGUUGGGACGAAGCUCGAGAGGCCUGCAGAAGAUGAGGUCGUGGUAGGACAGGAGGUCACUGCCGAGUAGAUUUUCACUUAUUUUACUGCUAUUUUAUUCAGACAAUAUAUAUAUGUAUCGCCUAUCAAGGUUUUGAUCACGAGCAGCAGGCUCGGUUUUUGUGGCUAAUUUCCUGAAUACUUUCUUGAGAUUACUAGCCAGCAUCGUUUUUGUUUUCUGGAUGGAAGUUUAUUUGUCUAAAGUUUGUGCUUUCUUUUUUUUGCAACCUGACAAGUCAAGACUGAUAAAGAAGAAAGUUCUUUAACUGAUCUCUAA